GCAGUUUCUGGCCCCUUCCCACCCUGACUCAGCUCUCCUCCCAUGAGCUCCUAUUUCUUGCCGGGCAGAAGCCGCCGCGGUACCCGCUCCACCGGGCAUGCUCAGUCCUCCGGCCAGGCUUUGACUGCGGGACGCCAGCGCCCGGCCCCCUGCGCGCGUCCGGAGUGAGGGAUCCUUUAAAUUGGGCCGGCUCGUUGCUAGGCAACCGCGCGGCCCGCGUUGGCGCUGCACUGCGGUGGCUCAGCCUGGAGCCCGCCCGGCGGGGUCGCGGUGGCCAGAGCCUAACGGGGGGCUGCCGCGCGCCGGUGGUGGUUGUCUUUGAGGAAGAGAGGUUCGGGCUCUCCAGACCGCAUCCACGCUUCCAGUUCAAACUGGAGAAGGAAGACAAGGAUAUCCAGUAGACCAAAGAUCUUGGACCCCAGGAAGUAUAUUGGAAGAGGUGCCUGGAGAAAUGGAUGCUAGAAGAAAACACUGGAAGGAGAAUAUGUUUACUCCUUUUUUUAGUGCACAAGAUGUUCUAGAAGAGACUUCUGAGCCUGAAUCUUCUUCUGAACAAACGACUGCAGAUAGCAGCAAGGGAAUGGAAGAAAUUUAUAAUUUGUCCAGUAGAAAGUUUCAAGAAGAAAGUAAAUUUAAGAGGAAAAAAUAUAUUUUCCAACUAAAUGAAAUAGAACAAGAAUCAAAUUUAAGAGAGAACAAGAUAAACGUUUCAAAGAAUGAAACAGACACAAAUUCUGCAUCCUAUGAAUCAUCUAAUGUGGAUGUUACAACAGAAGAAAGCUUUAACAGCACAGAAGAUAACUCUACCUGCAGUACAGAUAACUUACCAGCUCUACUAAGACAAGACAUAAGAAAGAAAUUUAUGGAAAGAAUGUCUCCAAAACUUUGCCUGAAUCUUUUGAAUGAAGAACUGGAAGAACUUAAUAUGAAAUGCAGAAAAAUAGAAGAGGAAUUUGAAAAUGCUGAAAAAGAACUUUUGCACUACAAAAAAGAAAUAUUCACAAAACCCCUAAAUUUUCAAGAAACAGACACGGAUGCUUCAAAAAGUGACUAUGAACUUCAAGCUUUAAGAAAUGAUCUGUCUGAAAAAGCAACAAAUGUAAAAAACUUAAGUGAACAGCUCCAGCAAGCCAAAGAAGUCAUCCACAAAUUGAACCUAGAGAACAGAGAUUUAAAAGAAGCUGUUAGGAAGUUAAAGCAUCAAACCGAGGUUGGAAAUGUGCUCCUAAAAGAAGAAAUGAAAUCGUAUUAUGAAUUAGAAAUGGCAAAGAUCCGCGGAGAGCUCAGUGCCAUCAAGAAUGAACUGAGGACUGAGAAGACCCUACAAGCAAGAAAUAACAGAGCCUUGGAGUUGCUUAGAAAAUACUAUGCUUCUUCAAUGGUAACAUCAUCAAGUAUCCUUGACCACUUUACUGGGGAUUUUUUUUAAAACUUAAAAAAAUCCUUCCAUCCCCGCAAGUCAUUGAGCCAAAUCAGUGUUUAUUGUAUUUUCUUUGUGUAUUACUUAAAAUAUAUGUAAUAGGAUGUUAUUUUCAUUUUCGGUAAAUCACAGUAUCUAUAAAACAUAUACAUGUUUCCAAGCUUCUGCUUUCUCUUUCUGAUGAAGUUAUUGCAGGAGUACAAAUGGAAACGAAGCUUUGGAAAUCUCAUAUCAAAGUGUGUGUGUGUGUGUGUGUGUGUGUGUGUGUACACACACACAUAUAUUCACUCAAAAACACAUAAUGAUUCACCAAAUCAUUUAUGAAUACAAAUCAACAGCCAUUUUGUGAUCUUGUAAGCAAAUAUGUCCUUGGCACAUGAAUAUUUUUCCGUCUGUGUUCAUUGAUGUUAACAGUAAAAAUCUUGUUUAUGUGUAUAAGCCUAACAUAUGCCUGUGGGUCUUGUAACUGCCUGUUCAAACUCAAUGGGAUACCAAAAAUGUAUCUGCUUACUUUGGGGGUCUAACU